AUGUCUUGGUGACUAAUUAUGCUCUUCCCUUUUUAUGCAGUAGUAUGCUGGACCUGAGGCUCGACACACACACACACACACACACACACACAAGACAGAGACAGACAGACAGACAGACAGACAACAGGCCAGCCAACUUUGGACUUUUGGUUUAGACGGUGAUAAGAAGAGGAUCUCGACCAGUGUGACCAAGCCGAGCGGGGAUAGAAGAGAAGAUAUAAAACCCACAUAGAGGAGAAGAACAACACAGCCUGACUGACUCCACUCCAGCUGGCAACACACACCUUUAUAAGCAAAUGGAUACUUCCCGACUUCUCUUCCUCGUCUUCAUGGUGAUUACUACAGCUGAAUGUUCAGAGACAGACGAGCAGCAAUGUGAGAACUAUGACCAGCAGAAAUAUAACCUUCUUGAAGGUGAAGCAUUUUAUUUUGUGCCUUACAAUCUGCUUUACAAGAACUUAAUUGAUAAAGAGUUCACAUGGUACAAAAAUAACUCCCAGAUUGAGAAAAUCUCUACUGACGACAGCGAGAUGGUACAUUACCAUGGUGGUGCGCUCUUUUUCUUAAAACUCCUCCCUGAGAACUCUGGCUUGUACACUGCCCGGCACACAAAACCAUCAGGAGAGUGUGACAUCUAUUCUGUAAAAGUUGAAGUCCUCAAAACAAAAAAUGACUCAGCACUCCUCUACGGAGAAAUCAACAACUCUGACCAGAACAAAAAGGUCACAUGUCCAGAUCCUGUCAGCUACACGUGUGAAACAAUGAAAGGAGAAUUCACCUGGUACAAGGACUUUGUUAUUUGUGAAAUUGACAAUGAAGAUGACCUGUGGGUUUAUAAUGCUACCAAAGAUAACGAGGGCAUCUACACUUGCAUGUGUACCUGGACAUAUAAUCACAAGGUGUACAACUCGUCAGGCUCCAGGAGGCUAAUAGUUAAAGAUCAAGCUAUCCACCGUAAACCAGUAAUCCUCUCUGCGACAGGGGAGCAGUUUGCUGAUGAAGGCUUUGGGAUCAAGCUGAACUGCUCAGUUUUCUGUGGGACUAACGUAGAAGGUGACUGUCAUGCAAGCUGGAAUGUUAAUGGAAUCACUUUCAGCCAGACUGAUGGAUACAAUGAAACCACCAAAGUGGACAUCGAGGAACGUUCAAAGAAUACGAUCUCCACUGCAAUCCUGAACAUUGAAAAAGUGUCUGCUAAAGAUUUCCAGGCUAAAUUUAUAUGCAUCGGCAUGGGCUCUUACCAAACGGUGUCUGUCAUUGUAACUCUUAAGCGGAGAGAGUCGAUAAUUCCACUGGUUAUUGGAGGAGUGUGUGUGUUGUUCUUCUGUGUGUUUGCUGCCGGGCUGGUCAAGUUCUUCGCUAUUGACCUUGCUCUCUUCUUCAGACCCUACUUCCCACUAAGUCACAACAAAGAUGCGAGGGUGUACGAUGCCUACGUGGUCUACCAAAUGCAGAACAUGGACAAGGUAACUGAGGACUCACUCUGCCGGUUCGUCACAAUCAAUUUGCCUUCUGUCCUUGAGGAAAAGUGUGGAUAUCGACUCUUCAUCCACGGGAGGGAUGACAUACCUGGGGAAGACCGUCUGGAGCUGGUGGAGGACCGCAUGAAGCAGAGCAGGAGGUUGAUGGUCAUCCUCACCCCAGGUUUAGGAUCAGGGUCCGUCAUCACAGACCAACAUCUUUCCUCGCCCGAAAACUCAGAAAUAGGAGGGUUUGACUGGCAGGUGGGGCUCCACUAUGCGCUGGUCCAGAGGGAAAUGACUGUGAUUCUGAUCCAGCUGGGGAACACUGAGCCACAAGGAUACACACACCUUCCCCCUGGCUUGCAGCACCUGAUUCGCAAGAGUGCUCCCAUUAGGUGGCCAGAGGAUUCACGGGGUGCUGCUGCAUGGAACUCACGCUUCUGGAAGAGAGUGCGAUACCUGAUGCCUGCCACACCUGCCAAAAAAUGUGAACAGUCUGCUAUUAUUUGAAACCAGUAUGGACUUAGAUUUCAUUUGGCCUUACUGGAAUAACGGUUAUGUGCAUGUGCAAAACAAAACAUUAAUUACACCAGACACACCAGUCCCAUCACACCCUUUAUAUGUGUCAGAAUGAUGCAAAUAAGUCACAGGUUCAAGGAUCUGUUUAUUUCAUUGCUCACAUCCUUAUCACCACAGGCUGGUUAAAAGACAAAAUAUAAAUUACCACAGGGUGAAAUAGAAAAACACAAAGAAGGUAUCAAAUAAUCAGAAAUAUAAAAAUGUAAAACAUAAGAAUGUUUUACCAGAAGCUAGAAAAUAACCAUAGGAAUGUUAAAAUGCAUUCAGGAAUAAUAGAACAUUUUGAAAUACAACAUUAAAUGACUUGAGCUUCUAUAAACAUGGUUUCAACUGAUCCAUGACAUGAUCCAUGUGGUCACGAUCAUUAAAGAUAGCUCCCAAAUAUUUAUAUUGACUGCCAUGUGACCAGCCUCAGGUUUAUUUUGGUGAAAAUAAGUAAUAAUUAAAUGAAAAACAGUAAGUCUGCUUCAUCAAACAUCUGGCAAAAGUGAAGACAUUUUGGGAGAGAUUUGUUUUAAAGAUUCAAGCAGUGUUUGCAAGUAGAGCUAUGGCUUGAAUAGUUGAGGCAGGUAACCUGUUAUCAUUCAGGCCUGCAUAUGCUUUCCCAGCUUCUUUCCUUUGUAGCACACAGUGAAAUGAAAUCUGUAAAACAGAUAUGAAGUCAUGUCCUCUGUAUUUUUUGCAAAUUUUAGCAACCUGUUGGAGAGCUGACUGCUGAUGAUGAUUAUUUUCUCUUAUCUAUUAUUUUCUUUUCUUAGUCUAAUGUAACAUUAUGUGUCUGGAGGCUUCUAGAUCAUAAUAAAGCAUGAUUAGAUAACUGAAAUAUAAUA